CCCUUCCACUCUCAAACCUUUACGAGACUCUGGGAGUUGUUGGAUCGACCACCACACAGCUGUACACAGACCGCACAGAAAAGCUGAGGCCUGAGAUGGAGGGGCCUGGCAGCUUCACCAUCUUUGCCCCUAGCAAUGAGGCCUGGGCUUCCUUGCCUGCGGAAGUACUAGACUCUCUGGUGAGCAAUGUCAACAUCGAGCUGCUCAAUGCCCUCCGAUACCAUAUGGUGGACAGGCGAGUCCUGACUGAUGAGUUGAAGCAUGGGAUGUCUCUCACCUCCAUGUACCAGAAUUCCAACAUCCAGAUCCACCACUAUCCCAAUGGGAUUGUAACUGUCAACUGUGCUCGGCUGCUGAAAGCUGACCAUCAUGCUACCAAUGGAGUGGUGCACCUCAUCGACAAGGUCAUUUCCACCAUCACCAACAACAUCCAGCAGAUCAUUGAGAUCGAGGAUACCUUCGAGACCCUGCGGGCUGCCGUGGCUGCAUCAGGGCUCAACACCGUGCUUGAGGGUGACGGCCAGUUCACACUCUUGGCCCCCACCAAUGAGGCCUUCGAGAAGAUUCCUGCUGAGACCUUGAACCGGAUCCUGGGUGACCCAGAAGCCCUGAGAGACCUGCUAAACAACCACAUCCUAAAGUCAGCCAUGUGCGCUGAGGCCAUUGUUGCAGGGCUGUCCAUGGAGACCCUGGAGGGCACCACACUGGAGGUGGGCUGCAGUGGGGACAUGCUUACCAUCAAUGGGAAGGCCAUCAUAUCCAACAAAGACAUUCUGGCUACAAAUGGCGUGAUUCACUUCAUCGAUGAACUGCUCAUUCCAGAUUCAGCCAAGACCCUGUUUGAGUUGGCUUCAGAGUCUGACGUUUCCACAGCCGUUGAUCUUCUCAGACAAGCUGGCCUCAGCACACAUCUCUCUGGAAACGAACGGUUGACCCUUCUGGCACCCUUAAAUUCUGUAUUCAAAGAUGGAACCCCUCGCAUCGAUGCACAAAUGAAGAAUUUGCUUAUGAACCACAUAGUUAAAGACCAAUUGGCCUCCAAAUAUUUGUACCAUGGACAGACCCUGGACACACUGGGUGGCAAAAAACUGAGGGUUUUUGUUUAUCGUAAUAGUCUGUGCAUCGAGAACAGCUGCAUUGCUGCCCAUGACAAGAGGGGGAGGUAUGGGACUCUGUUCACCAUAGACCGGAUGCUAACCCCCCCAAUGGGGACCGUCAUGGAUGUCCUGAAGGGAGACAACCGCUUUAGCAUGCUGGUAGCAGCCAUCCAGUCUGCAGGACUGACAGAGACCCUCAACCGGGAAGGGGUAUACACUGUCUUUGCUCCCACAAACGAAGCCUUCCAAGCCAUGCCGCCAGAAGAACUGAACAAACUCUUGGGAAAUGCCAAGGAACUUGCCAGCAUCCUGAAAUACCACAUUGGUGAUGAAAUCCUGGUGAGCGGAGGCAUCGGGGCCCUUGUGCGGCUGAAGUCUCUCCAAGGGGACAAGCUGGAAGUCAGCUCAAAAAACAACAUUGUCAAUGUCAAUAAGGAACCUGUUGCUGAAACCGACAUCAUGGCCACCAAUGGUGUGGUCUAUGCCAUCACCAGCAUUCUGCAGCCUCCAGCCAACCGACCUCAGGAACGAGGGGACGAGCUGGCUGACUCUGCUCUUGAAAUCUUCAAACAGGCAUCUGCAUUUUCCAGGGCGGCCCAGAAGUCUGUGCGACUAGCCCCUGUCUAUCAGAGAUUGCUGGAGAGGAUGAAGCAUUAGCAGAAAGGACCAAAAGAGGAAAACACCACAGCAGCUUUUCGCCAGUUUCUCUCAGUUUGCCAAAGAGACCAUUUGAAUGUUUUUUGAAACCAAAUAUCACACUUCAACAUAGAUGGGGAGCACCACAAUGACAUCUGAGCCUUGGAUGGGUAGUUGGGGGAGAGUAAGGGAAAGAUGUUCUUUUUUAUUUUUUUUGUUCCCCCUAAAACAUAUUUGUUUUAACCCACUGCAUGCACAGAUCUGGAUGUCAUUACCUGACAUUCACUUCUAGGAAGGACUUUUCCCAAAUGAGGAAUUUCCUGCCUAUGCCAAGGGUCUGGAAAAGCGAGUUGCAGCAUUGUGGCUCUCACAAAACAUGAAUCAAGCAAUCCAGCAUUCUGGGAAGUCCUGGCAUGGUUCUGUAAAAGUUCUUGCACAGCUGGAGAAAUGGCAUCAUUAUAAGCUAUGAGUUGAACUGUUUCUGUCAAAUGUGUCUUGCAUCUACACGUGGCUUGGACGCUUCUAUGUGGCCCUGUCCAGGUAGAAAAGAAAGGGUAUGGUAGAGCAUGUAGUGCCCAGACUUCCUGAGUGUGAUGGAGCCAUGGUGUAUUUGUAAUAAUAAAACUAAAGAAAUG